GGCGGGGCCGGAGUCCCCCCUCCGCCGCCUUCGCCGCCGGCGGGGCGGGGGAAGGGCGGAGAGCGUUUGGCGGACUUCCUCGUUGUGCAGCCCGAUCGGGCGGUGUCCGCUCGCCCAGCCCGGUGCCCUCGGUCCAGGGCCAGCGGGAGCUGGGGGUGGAAGCCGCUGCCUCGACGGUUGCCCCCCUUCCCGCCCCUCCUCCCCCCGGUGCCCCCCCUGCACGCACCAUGCACAGCCCCUGCAGUGUCACCUCCCCUGUCCCCGAGGACAUUAGGAACCUGUUGGCAGACCUUGAAAUAUUCAUAGGUGAUACUCUGAGAGGAGAAAAUUUAUCCAAGAAAGCAAAAGAAAGGAAAGAAUACUUGAUUAAGAAGAUAAAAGAUGUAAAGCUUACUUACGCUCAAGAAUUCCAGGAAAGAGGUGAAGCAGAAGAUGGAGAAGACUCUGAUGAUCUUUUUCCUGGGCCUCCUGAUAAUCUCUCAGUGAUAUCGGACCGAUACGAUAAAGAGGAUGAAACACCUUCUGAUGGAAACCAGUUCCCUCCCAUUGCGGCUCAGGACCUUCCCUUUGUCCUAAAGGCUAGCUACCUUGAAAAACGCAGGAAAGAUCACAGCUUCCUUGGAUUUGAGUGGCAAAAGCGCUGGUGUGCUCUCAGUAGAACAGUUUUCUAUUAUUAUGGAAGCGAUAAAGACAAACAACAGAAAGGUGAAUUUGCUAUAGAUGGAUACACCGCCAGAAUGAAUAAUACCCUGAGGAAGGAUGGAAAGAAAGAUUGCUGUUUCGAAAUCUGUGCUCCUGAUAAACGCAUCUAUCAGUUUACGGCAGCUACUCCCAAAGAUGCUGAGGAAUGGGUACAGCAGUUGAAGUUUGUUUUACAAGACAUGGAAUCCGAUAUCAUUCCAGAAGAUGAUGAUGAAAGAGGUGAAUUAUAUGAUGAUGUGGAUCAUCCUCCACCAAUCAGUAGUCCACCAAAAAGCGACCAACCAAUAGAUGAUGAAAUUUAUGAAGAACUUCCAGAGGAGGAGGAAGACAGUGCUUCCCUAAAGGCGGAGGAACAAAGGAAGAUAAACCAAGAAAAUGUGAGCCACUCUUCAGGAGAUAAAAACACUGAUUAUGCUAAUUUCUACCAAGGUUUGUGGGACUGCACUGGAGCUGUUCCUGAUGAGUUGUCAUUUAAACGGGGUGACGUUAUCUACAUUCUCAGCAAGGACUACAAUAGAUUUGGCUGGUGGGUAGGAGAAAUGAAAGGAACCAUUGGCUUGGUGCCUAAAGCCUACAUAAUGGAGAUGUAUGAUAUUUGAGAGUCCUGGGAAAAUCCUAGAGUUACAGCUGAAGAGCAGGAAAGAGAAAUGCAGCUCACUCUUUCUGCCUGCAGAAGGGGAAUAGUCUGCUCUCAGUCAGCAGAUGCUGAGGAUUUAGUAAGAUCAUCAUCGCCAAAUGAGUGACAGCAUCUAACCUUUCUUUUCUUUGGUUUGCUGUGCAUCGUCAAUAUUUUCCUUCAAUCGUUCAUCUUUAACUGUCAUUGUGUGCCAUUGCUCAUUACUAUGUUCCCGUGAUAUGAAAUUAAAUGAUAGAUAUUAAUAUUAAUAAGGCACAAGAAGAAAAGUUAUACCUGUUGCUAUUUUGCGUAAUAAGGAUUAGAGGUGGCUUUUAUUUAUUAUCUGGCUUACAUAAGUGGAAUCAGUUGUUUUUUUGUUUAGUUGUCGACUUCUGCACCAUUUCACAAAGAGUGGCAAUGGAUGGUAAAACCUAUUAAUCCACGCUGUGUUCAUUUUUGUGAAUGUAAUGUGUAAUUCCAUUGAAACUUCAAUUUAAUCUAUCUUAAUGAUACAAAUUUUUAGGCAGACACCGUACAUCUAAGUGAAUGUGUUUGCACUGAAGCUCUGUGAAUGAUUUAUUUUAGUAUUUAUCUUACACGCAGUGGUGACAUUUUAUCACGAAAGAAUUUAUGCUUUUUAAUGGCAAAUUUACAUCAUGUUAAAUGUGGCCACAAGAGGAAAAAAACACCGGAAUUGAAAAUGGCAAUAUACUGUCAGCAUUUACAAGAUGUGUUGCUGAAUAAGGACGCGGAGCAUUCUGUCAGUAAAGCAAUCUGGUUAUCUGUAAUGGGACUGCUGAAAUGUUGGUGCCAAUAGCAUUAUUUUCAUUUUGUUCAUUCAAACCAUUAAAGCCUCCAUUCCGAUCACACUUUCUGCUCGAAAUAAGGUUUUUCUGAUUUAAAACCUAGCCCACCUCCGCUCUGUUUUUUAAUUGAAUCUCCAGCCCAUAUGGAGACUUUUACAAUAUUGAGGAUCAACAGGUGAGUUUAACGACAGUAUAAACCACAGACAUAAAUUCUUUUCUAAUCUGUGUGUUAUUUUUAUUCUGUUCUUAUUGCCCUUUCCAUAAACAUUAGCAACUAAUACAUUAUAGAACUUUUAAUUACUCUUGUGAUACAGAUGGGGUUUCAAAAUCUUCACUUCACAUCCUUGAUUUCAGAUACCUUAUCCUAGUCAGUGAAUCAUUGAGUUAGAUGAACACAAAUCAUUUCAAAACUGUUACUUUCCAAAGUGUUUUCCGUAUAUUGUGUCUGUCUCAUACGCAUACACCGAAUCCAUAAAAUGAAAAGCGUUAACAGAUAUUUCCAUCACCCAUUGUACCUGACCUAAUUUUCAUCCCCAGCCCCUUGUCUCCAGAUAUUUGAAUCGAAAUGCUUGUUCAUUCGUAAUUAUGACCAUUUCAAGUACUAAGCCCAAACGAAGACUGCCUACCUCUCUAAAACCUCCGUAAUGGAGAUGGAUAUUUCAAUCUUAAACUUCUCAAAAACACAGUAUUUCUCAAAGUCCUUGGCACUUUUCUAAUUUAAACAGAUCUAGUUGCAACCAAGGAGGAAGAUGUGAAAAUUAUCCCCGAAGAGGAACUUUCAGUGCGACGGAUCAACCCCGAGAUGAUUUUAAAAUCCUAAAUUGCUGAAAGGAGAGGGAAUUUCCUCAUGGCUUUGCUGAGAGCUGCUAAACUGUAGCAAUCAAUGCCAGUGGGUUUGGGAUUUUUACAUUUCUGGUUUAGCCUUCUAGCAGAGAGGUUUUGCACUCUAAUCGCCUAUCGGUAGAUGGCAGCAGCUUUUCGUAGCUCAUUGGACAUUUGAACCCCUUCCCCCACCUGGGCCAGACCCUUCACUUAUGAUUAAAAACCUUUGGAGGAUAUUGCUUUCCCCUUUUCAACAGUUAAUCCAGAAGAGGGAGUCCUUCACCAACUGAUGAAAUAUCAAGUCCGGCUAGAAAGGCUCUCCCUGUUGAGACACCAUCGCCAAAAUAAAGUGGAACUUUAUUCUUCAGCUCCAGUCGCCUUUGUUCUUUGUCACAGGUUAACUGUGGGAGGUUAAGGGCAGGUAACUGGGGAUGUAAAAGUAACCCACCCAAGUGGACCUGGUGGGACGGUGUAGACCGGUGCGGAGAAACUUCGCUUCCCGGACGAUAUCGCGCGCUCUUCGAGAAGGAGACGAUAUGGCGAAUGUGAAUUUAAGCAGAAUGGGUUAGGAAAUAUGCUAAUUUGCUUGGUUUUCAUUAUGUUUGCUUAGCUUUUAUUUGUUUUUCUCCAAACAGUUUGAGAGCUAAUUUUUUUCAAAGGUGAUUGUAAGUCAUAUUUUACACGGCAUUUGGCUUGAUUAUUUGCUCGGCACCGAAUUUGUACUCUAUUGCCAUUAGAUCUUACAAUAAUGUUCCACUCUGCAAAUUUUUAAGGUUCAAAUAAAGUUUAAUUGUUUGCAAACUG